CACAGACAGACUCUCUGCUCGACAAGGCCGACGCUUCUCCGCCAUUCCUUUCACUAGGCUUCCUCCAUUUUCUCCAUCAAUCCCUCUCUCCAUUUGUUCCUCCUUCUUUUCUGUCGUUCCUCCACCUUCGGAUCCUGAUUCUCCAAAUCUCACCAGUCGUCUACUCUCGAAUCUACAACUCAGGCCAUUCCUCCUUUGUUCAGUCCAACCGUACCUCCAUCCUCCGGUCGCUCCACCUGCUUUAAAAGUAUGCUGGUAUUCCGCGCUGUGCCUCCGCCCUCAUGUCCACCGACAUGUCCUCUCCGUCCAUGAGGGGGAAGUCAUUCGCAAGGCGCACCAAGCCGAGCACUAGGAAAUGCUUUCGGGAGCAGAGGAGUGUCAUAACCAUGUCGUCUCCAGAGGUCUGCUGGCCUGUGCCGAUGCGAGCCAUCGGGGCUCAGAACCUCCUCACCAUGCCCGGAGGAGUUUCCAAGGCCGGGUACCUCCACAAGAAGGGGGGCAGCCAGUUCAGCCUCAUGAAAUGGCCGCUGAGAUACAUCAUCAUCCACAAGGGCUGUGUGUACUACUUUAAGACCAGUACCUCUCCAGCCCCACAGGGGGCGUUCUCUCUCAAUGGCUACAACAGAGUGAUGAGAGCCGCUGAGGAGACGACGUCCAACAACGUCUUUCCUUUUAAGAUCGUCCACUUCAGCAAGAAACACAGGACCUGGUUCUUCUCUGCUGCCAGCGAGGACGAGCGGAGGAAAUGGAUGCGACAGCUGCGGCGGGAGAUCGAUCACUACAACGACCGGAAAGAGUCUCUCAUUCCCAGCGACUCUGACUCCGACGCCGACAGUUUCUACGGCACCAUCGAGCGGCCGAUGGACAUCAAGCACCACGACAGCAACGCAGACGACGAUUACGUUGAGGACGAUGAUGACGAUGAGGAAGACUAUCUGCAGCCCGACGCCGACUACUCGCCGCCAUCUACAGGUCGCCCGACGGGGCCCCCCCCCACCUACCCUCCCCCUCCGGUGCCGGCAGUGUUCCAGUUUCGUCAGGACUCUGGUCCCAGUUUCCACAAAGGCCCGCCCCCCCCUGUCCCGGCACAGCACAGGAACCCGACCGCCCCGCUCCCCAAAAGACCACCGCCCGCUUUCCCACCUCCCUUCAUCCUGAAGGAGCCCAGCAGAGGCCCCCCUCCUCCCCCUAUGCCCAUUACGUCCCACCUGCGCAGGCCCUUGUCUCACGACUCUCCUCCUCCUCCUCCUCCUCCUCCUCUGAACAAGCCAAAGAGAACUCCUCCUCUGAACAAGCCGCCCUCCCACGGCGAGCCGGGGAUCCUCAACAGAGACUGGCGGCCUCUGUCGACCCUUUCUAACCAGCUGGUCUCCACUCUGCCCAUCUGUGAGCGCUUAGAGACCAGGAUGCAGCCAAAUGGCCCCGCCCACUCCUCCAUGAAUGUUUUAGGGAGCCAAUCACUGGGCAACAACCGUCCCCGCCAAAAGCCCACCCUGCUGACCCACCAACCCGCCACCAGACCUGUGACAUCAGAAUCCCUGACCCCCAGUCAGACAACCCCCUUUCACCCUCAUCUCCCUGGACUCCCCCCUCCGCUCUCUCCUCUGCACAAACCUGGACAUCACAACAAGCCGAUGGCGACCAAACCUCCACCGCCGGCCGUCAGACCCCCGACGCCUGCAGCCAAGUCCAAGCCAGCGGGAACCUCUCUCCAAAGAGCGUCUCCCGAGGGACAGAGCUUCCGCUCGUCAGGAGACGAGACGCCGUCGGAGUUCAGGUGGAAACGGGAUCCGGGGAAAGACGACGACGACUCGGACGACGACUACGAGAACGUGCAGCUGCCGGACUCCGUGUUCAUCGACACGACCGAAACCUGCUUCGUAGAAAAGAUGUUCAGAGAGGGUCCCGACCCCCCCGAGGACGGACUGUACGGAAUCAGAAACUCUGGAACCAAAACCUCAAAGGUGCUGGUGGUGUGGGAUGGCAGUUUAAGCAAAGCCAGAAACUACCGACUCUUUGCAGACGAGGACAUCUUGUACCUGGACUCCGAAGUGACCUUCCCCUCUCUGUCGACCCUGAUCGAACACUACCACACACAUCCUCUUCCUCACCACAGCUCGCUCUGCCUGCAGAAGCCUUUCAGCAGACGCCUGGGAUCCAAACAGUCGGCCGAGCUGGAGCCUCUGUCUUGGCUCACGCACACUCACGCUGCAUCGUGAGGUCACACGCAAACAAACAGAAGACUGGAAACGGGUGAAACCAUAAACUGAACAGCAACUGAAACCAGAGCUUCUCCUGCCGAACAUCCACAACUCAUGGAAACAACAGAUUGGAAAUAACUGGCACAGAUGGUUAAACUGAUCUGAACAUCCACUUACACCAGAAUGCUCAAAGCUAAAUGUUCCUGCAGCUGUUGGCAAACAGGAAAGUGUAAAAAGAUAAAGUGAUGAAGUUCAAUCCAAGAGAGUCAGAUGGAAGUGGAGUGUUUUGUCCACAGGGGGCGCUGUGACACAAAACGACACGGUUGUUUCCUAUGAGUCACAUCUUUGGACCAUCCAAUCAGGAUCAACUUUACUCUAAAACCUUGAAUGAAAUAUGAUCUGAAUAAUUGACUGAAUGAAUAUUUCUCAUCCGGCAUUUUUCACUUAAACUGUAGUUUUUUUUAUAAGGUAAGAUAUACAUUUUGAAAGUGUUACUCAGUAUUACUCAACAUUACUGGUGCCACAAAAAACAGCUGUUCUAGUUUGUGCAGCACUGACUUUAAUACUGUAAAUGACUAUAUAUGUACAUGCUGUAUCUACUGUAAAAUAAAAGUGUCUAUCAAAAUGUAAAUAUAACGUUUUUUACAAACGUGUAAUAUGUUGAGAAUUUAUAAAGGAUUGUUUAGA